AUGUUAGUGGAACAAUUAAGCACCGUCGAUAACUCAAUAGUUAUUGGAUCUGUUGCGUUACUCACCUGCGUGGUGUUUAUAAUUGUUGCGGUUUUAAAUUCCGUUGACCGGGGAGAAAAUGACAACCUAAAUUCAGGUGAAAAUAUUAAAAAUGAACCGGAAGUGAUUACGCAGCAGCCAACGACAAUUCCAACUGAUGACUGCUGUUUAUUCUUUCAUCCUAGCGGGACAUCUAAUUUUGUCUAUUGCGGAGAUUGUGGUUGUUCUGGUGGAGACUGUUGUUGCACCGGUUGCGAAUGCUGCGCGGGUUGUGACGCUUGCACUGGAUGCGAUUUGUGUAUCGGCUGUGAUGGCCUUUUUGGUUGCGGCGGCUGCUUGGAGGCCUGCUGCAGUGGCGGUUGUGAAGCUUGUACCCCUGAAUUAUGUUGUGUUGGUGUGUGA